AUCGCGAGAUCUAGAUUUAUGGUUUUCCCCGCCUUCCUCAGGAGGCGGAAGUCUCUCCUCAGUCUUUUCUCUUCCGCCGUGUCUUUGAGGUCAAAAUGAAGUUCAAUCCCUUUGUGACCUCUGACCGAAGCAAGAACCGCAAGAGGCAUUUCAAUGCCCCUUCCCACAUACGGAGGAAAAUUAUGUCUUCUCCUCUUUCGAAGGAACUGAGACAGAAAUACAAUGUCCGCUCCAUGCCCAUUCGAAAAGAUGAUGAAGUCCAGGUUGUUCGUGGACACUAUAAAGGACAGCAAAUUGGUAAAGUAGUCCAGGUUUACAGAAAGAAAUAUGUGAUUUACAUUGAGCGUGUACAGCGCGAGAAGGCUAAUGGUACAACUGUCCAUGUGGGCAUUCAUCCAAGCAAGGUGGUUAUCACAAGGCUAAAACUGGACAAAGAUCGCAAAAAGAUCCUUGAACGAAAAGCCAAAUCUCGCCAAGUAGGAAAGGAAAAGGGAAAAUAUAAGGAAGAAACUAUUGAGAAAAUGCAAGAGUAAAAAAUUACAUGAAUGUAAUUAAAUUGCUAGAAUGCACAAA